AUCACCCCAGCCCCUUGGAAGGAUCGACCUUCAAACGUUGCUGUUUGGGUAGAGAGUCGCAGCGACCGAAUUUUUUUGGUCGUAAUUUUGGAUUUUGUUGACCCUCACAUUGCCCACAAUAUACUAUGGGUUACUUCGCCAAGUUGACGGCCCAAUGGGCAGUCGUGGUGGCUGCUCUUUUGUCUAUCACGACGGCUGCUCCAUCCUUUACGCCUCUAACGCCUCCAUCAUAUCCAUUGGCUGUCCGUACUCCGUACCUGUCUGUCUGGAUUCCGGGGGAAUUUGCGCCCAAUUUACCAUCCAGCUCCCCGCAGUUUUGGUUCGGAAAUGAUCUGACAUGGUCAAUCAUUGCCCGGGUAGAUGGAGAAGCGUACAGUUUGUUUGGAGUGACUGAUGACUUGGAGGGUGUCAAGCCAGCCACUGUCACCAGGGGAAGUUACACAUCUACUCACAGCAAGUUCACCCUCACGGCAGGGUCGCGCACCAUCACGCUGGACUUUUUCUCUCCAAUCUCCCCGAAGAAUCUUCUACGCCAGUCCCUGCCUUUUGCCUACCUCACUGUUACUGUCGGUGAGGGCAAGGGUAAGGUUCAGAUAUAUUCUGAUAUCGAUUCCUCGUGGACGGGUCAGCCCAACAAGGCGGACUGGCGGUCCUCCCACAAUGGCACGACAUCUGCGUUUCAUGUCAAUCCGGUAGGGGGAGCCACCUUUUCGCAGAAUGAAGAGAACCAGGCCUUGUGGGGCGAAACGGUAUAUGCUAGCCGUCCAUCAGGAAAGAGCAAAUUGUCAACACAGGCGGGACCCACGGCUGCUGUCCGAUCGCAGUUCGUGAAGAACGGGGUUCUCAAGGAUACCGUCGCUGAUUGGUCUGCCGAUGGUGCCGUCGCUUUCGCGCACGACCUCGGUGAAGCUGAAGGAGAGACUUCCGUCAGAUUUGCCAUUGGUCAUUUCCGCGAGAAAGCCAUCAACUACAUCGGAGGUCUCCGGACUGGAUACUAUCGGGCAAGAUAUCCAACGGCCAUUUCGGCUGUGACAUAUUUCUUGGACGACUACGAAGAUGCGGCCCAGGAGUCGGUCAAAUUCGACCGCAUGAUUCAGGAGUGGGGCGUGAAAUCCUACGGCGCCAACUACUCGGACAUUCUCGCCUUGUCCGUCCCUCAGAUCUACGGAGGCAUUGAGAUCGUGGUGCCGCACGAUACCAUGGAUACGGCCGAAGCCAGCGCGUUCAUCAAAGAGAUCUCCAGCAACGGCAACAUCAACACGGUCGACGUGAUGUACGCCGCGUUUCCGGUGUUCUACGCGCUGACCCCCGACUACAUCCGUCUCCUCAUGAAGCCCGUCCUCGAGUACAUGGUCAGCGACGCGUAUCCGGAUGAGUUUGCGGUGCACGAUCUGGGCCGGCACUAUCCCAAUGCAACUGGCCACGACCCCGAGGGACAGUACAUGCCCGUGGAAGAGACCGGAAACGUCAUCAUCAUGAUCUACGGCUACCAGGACGCUACUGGCAAGAAAGACAUGUCAACCCAGUACGCCGACCUGCUGAAGCAGUACGCCGAUUACUUGCAGGUCCACGGCAAGUAUCCGGAAAAGCAGCAGUCCCUCAACGAUGCGCUCGGCGCGAUGGCCAACCAGACCAACCUGGCCAUGAAAGCCGCCAGCGGGCUGGCGCUAUACAGCCAUCUCACGGGCGAGAACGACUACAUCGAGUACGGCAAGGAGAUCGCAGAGGCCUUGUACAGCGAGCGCCUGGGUACCGACCCGGAGGGCAAGUUCUUCGUCAUGCAAUACGGCAGCGACACCUGGUUCCUCGUCUACAACCACUAUCCUGACCGGCUCUUCCGCCUGAACGUCUUCCCGGAAGAGGUGUACAACAUCACCACGGACUUCUACCCGACGGUCCGCAAAGAAGCGGGGCUGGCUCUCAACGGCGACCUCAACUGGGGCCAGACCAACUGGCAGGGGUACGGGGCGGCGCUGGUGGACGGAGCGACCCGCGAGAUGUUCAUCUCGGACAUGCACGCGUACAUCUCCAACGGGCGCAACCGCGCACCAUUCUCCGAUCGGUAUUGGGUGGCGGAUAAUGAUGAGGGAGAGGCGGGGGAUUACUACGCGUUCCGCGCGAGACCGGCUCUGGGCAGCCACUUUGCGCUUUUGGCGUUGUAUGGGAAGAAUUUGUGGACUGGUUGA